UGUGUUAAACGAAGUUUAUUCUCCGUUUAACGCAACGGUGGAAUCGGCCCUAAGUAAAUUACUAAUAAACGAAGACUAAAAUGACAUUGUUAAUGUAAAAAUGUAAUUUUAAUCUUUGUUUAGUAAUUUAAUACAACGGUGAAAUCGGCCCGUACGUCAUAGAUUAGGUAAUGGAUGUAGAUACAGAUACUAUAUAAAAUUCUUUUUAUUUCAUUUCGAUUCGCUUGCUAGUAUUUAAAAGGGUAUCCUAUUUUUAUUUUAAUAAUAAAAUUAAAAUAAAAAGCUAUUUAGUUUGUAAUGAAUGUUGCCUAAUAAGUAGGGAUUAUUAGGAAUUAUUGCGCACCAACCUUUAUCGAAGUCAAAUUAUCGACCAAUCCAAUAGCGGGAGCGGAGGCGUUUUUGCGCGGUCGCAUUGCGCAAACUGACUUCCCUCCUCUCCAAACCAGACAGCUGUCACCAAUUUGUGUAGUUAUUUUGUGAUUAGGAAAAACGUAAAUAAUCGUAGUUUUUUUAGAUAACUAAAGAUGUCUUAUGCUUAUUUAUUCAAAUACAUAAUCAUUGGAGAUACAGGAGUCGGGAAAUCAUGCCUAUUACUCCAGUUUACUGAUAAGAGAUUUCAACCUGUUCACGAUCUAACUAUAGGUGUUGAAUUUGGGGCUCGAAUGAUAACAAUUGAUAGCAAACAAAUCAAAUUGCAGAUAUGGGAUACUGCAGGACAGGAAGCUUUUAGGUCGAUCACCAGAUCCUACUAUAGAGGGGCAGCAGGUGCUUUAUUAGUUUAUGACAUAACCAGAAGAGAAACUUUCAACCAUCUGACUACAUGGUUGGAUGAUGCCAGGCAACAUUCAAACUCAAAUAUGGUUAUUAUGUUGAUUGGAAAUAAAAGUGAUCUGGAGAGUAGAAGGGAAGUGAAGAAAGAGGAAGGUGAAGCUUUUGCCCGCGAACACGGUCUAGUCUUUAUGGAAACUUCCGCGAAAACCGCAGCCAAUGUGGAGGAAGCUUUUAUCAAUACUGCCAAAGAAAUCUACGAGAAAAUACAAGAAGGCGUUUUUGACAUCAACAACGAGGCCAAUGGCAUCAAAAUAGGGCCACAACAUUCCCCCACCAAUCCAUCACUGCCGGGUUCUGGAGGGGCGGGCGGUUCUCAAGGCUCAGGAUGUUGCUAGAUACUUAGGAG